AUGAUGAAUAUGGGUCAACCGCCAGAAUUAGCAGACAUGAUGAUGGGUCAAAAACUACAACCUACUCCGAUGAUUUCAUCAUCCUCAUCUUCGUCCAUAUCUGUUUCUUCGUCUCCUCAAAUCAUUUCUUUUGGGAAUCCAACAUCAUCAACCGACCCAUCAAAUUCUGAUCAUGAUCACACCUUCUACUAUGCAUACAAUUCAAAGAAAACUGUUGAUUCGCCGGAUAAUUAUCUAGCUAGCUACAAUUGGAGCUGCAAGACAAGUCCGACGAGGAAGAAUUCCCAGCAAGCUCAAUGUCAUGUGGAGGCCGAAAGAAAGCGCAGGGAAAAAUUGAGUGCCCUCUUCGUUUCCCUUACUAAGGUCGUCCCAGGACUUAAAAAGCUGGACAAAAUUUCCGUCCUGGAAGACGCAAUAAAGCACAUGAUUGAGCUUCAAGAAAGAUUAAAGGUGCUAGAGGAGGAAGUGAAGAAAAACACCAAAAUAAUUCUUGAUGUUGAUGCUGAUGAUGAUGAUCAUGAUGAAGAUCACGAUGUUCCUAUAGCAGAAGAAUUAAAAGGCAUCCUCCCGACCGACAUCAAGGUCAAAAUGUUGGGCAAAAAUGUGCUUGUAAAAAUCUUGUGUGACAAGAGAUAUUAUGGAUGCAUAUUGAACCUCUCAAAUGAGCUCCAAAACCUCCAUCUCACCCUCCUAGACACCCGAGUUCUUCUCUUUGGAGGUUGCGCCAUUGAUAUUACCUUUGCUGCUCAGAUGGAAAGCCAUUUCUCUGCCACGGUAAGCGGCAUCAUCAAACAUCUACAAAACGCUAUGUUUCAAAUCCGCAAAUGA